AUGAAUAGAUUUGCAAUUUUAACGGGCCUUUUUGUCUACUACCUCAUUUGGUUACUACUCCCAAUUUUCGAGCUAGAAAAUAAAUUCAUCGUGUUUCCACUGCCGUCGAUAUACGCUACUAUAUGUCCUAUACUAUUACUAUUGUUCGGCUUAUUUCUGGAAGUGUCAUUCCUGGGAAUAUUGGUCUGCUUCCCCGCACUGGGUGCUAGGGUUAGGGGCCCAAACAACGUAAUGCAAGCAUUCUUAAUUCACUGA